GAAAAGUGUAAUGCUGAUAACAAAAAUACAACGAUUUACCAAGUCAUGUUUUCUAUUGGACUGGUGUUUACCAUUUUAUCUACAUUGAUAAGCUUCUAUUUGGAUAGAAUUAGCCCCAGAAUACUAGUCCCAAUUUGGCUAAUAAUCUCAGCUGCUUGUUCGGUCGCAUUGAACUUUAUUACGGAAUUUUACACCAUUGUCGCAACGUUUAUUACCUUCCAGAGUUGCAGCAUAUGCGCAACGAUAACAAGUGCCAUCUCUGUGGGUUUAUUCCCAACAAAUGUUAGGGCAAUGGCAACAUGUUUCAUCUACGCAUUCGGUCGAAUCGGCGGAUUGGUGGGAACAAAUUUGGUCGGAGUCCUAGUUGAACACAAUUGCAAUCUCAUUUUUAAUGUUUUCGGUGGUUUGACAUUGAGCUGUGCGUUUGUCUUUCUACUCAUAAAAACCGAGAUUCCAGAACCAAUACAAAAUGACCAAAGAAGCGAAUGCUCUGCAUAA